AUGGGCUUCCUUACAGUCAUCCUCGCCAUAAUAACGGGGGCCAUCUCCGCCACAGCCCUCUUCAUCUCAGUCUCGUCCAUCCCGAGGCUGCGCAAAUACGAAGAGAAGGCCGAGAAGGCCGCCGAGUGGAGCAACAUUGCCGAGGAGCGGCUUUGGAGCACGAGGUAUACGGUCGGUGCCGGCGUCGUGGCUGCUCUCAUAUCACUCAUCUCAGCCCUCAACCUCGUCUUCCUCGCCAAGGCAGGCUGGUCCGUCAGCCAGCCCAUCUGGGCCGCGCUCUUGGCGGUGGGUACAAGAUACACUGCCGUUUACGUGCACGACUUUUGGGUCAAAAAGCACAAGAUACCAAUGAUGGACGCAUACAAUGAUGCCAUAUCGGAGCAGAAGAACGUCAGCGGCAUGCUGGACGUGGUUGCCGCCGGCUGGCUUACUAUCGCGCUCUUGAGGCUGUUGACCCUGUAA